CAGGUUUCCUCGCUAAUUCUUAAUUGUUUUGUUUUUUUACAGAUUACAUCGAAUGCUCUGUGCUCUGUUUUGCAGAUUAGAACCCAAUAUCUGAACCCAUACUUAACAUUAGUCCAACUAUAAUAAAUAUAUUUUUAACUUCAAUUGCCACUAUGUCGUCGUAUUACUUGACUAUCAUCGGCACACGUGACAACCCGUUGUAUGAAGUGGAGUUCUCAUCAUUCAAACCGAAUUCGAGUUCGACUUCGAGUUCGGCUUCGGCUUCAUCUAUACCGGGUCGAGCCCAGUUUGCUCCUGAUGUGCGAGAGAUUCUCCCGUUCAUUGCCAACUCAUCAUUAGAUAUUAUAGAUGAUUCACAGUGGAGUACCAGUAAUUUCAAUUUAGGUCGAGUAGAUUCAUUUUAUGGAUUGGUGGUGAAUGCCUUUAUUACUCAGGGUAAUGUAAAGUUUGUAUUAUGUUAUGAUAAUGUUGGUAGUGGAACUAAUUCAAAAUAUGAUGAUAAUCUUAUCCGUCAGUUCUUUAUAGAUGUAAAUGAUUUGUAUGUCAAAUGUUUACUUAAUCCAUUUUAUAGGGUUAACGAUGCUAUUGUGUCACCCGAAUUUGAUAUUAAGGUCAAAUUGUUGGCCCGUAAGUAUUUCUAGAUGUAAAUAGUUCUAGAUGUAAUGUAAUUAAUGUAUAGAUGUAAUGUAUUUAUUUAAUGUUUCUUUGUACAUAUGUAAUGUAUGUAAUGUAUAUAUAUAUAUGUAAUGUAUGUAAUGUAUGUAUAUGUAUGUAUUCAAUCAGUCUAAUACUUUCUCAGUUUCAAUGGUAUAGUUACCAGCUUCAU